AUGAGUGCUGUUGAGAUACCGGCUGGUUUGAAAGAGCUGCUGCAGGGAUACACAGUGGAGGUGCUUCGCCGCAGGCCGCCAGACUUGGUUGAAUUUGCAUUGCAGCAUUUUACGCAAAUUCUGGAGAGCCAAAAAAAUGACCAAAGAGCCAAGAAACGCAGUGCCAGGCCGGCACGGAAAGGAGUGACCUUUGAAACAAAGUCAGAUAAGCCCAACAAGGAUGAAGAGGAGGAGGACGAAGAUGCUGAUAAGUCCACCACUAGUAAAUACAACCGCAGAGUUUCAGUUUGUGCAGAGGCUUACAACCCCGAUGAUGAUGAGGACGAUGAUUCAGAGCCUCGGGUCGUAUAUCCCAAAACAGACGAGCAGCGUCGCAGACUUCAGGAUGCGUGCAGAGACAUUUUACUGUUUAAAACACUGGAGCAGGAGCAGUUCUCUGAGGUUCUGGACGCCAUGUUCGAGGUGUUGGUCAAACCUCAGGAACACAUCAUAGACCAAGGAGAUGAUGGAGACAACUUCUACGUCAUAGAGAAGGGUGUGUAUGAUAUUUUUGUGCAGAAGGACGGAGCAAGCGUGUGUGUUGGAAAGUAUGACAAUAAGGGUAGUUUUGGUGAGCUGGCUCUCAUGUACAACACGCCGCGAGCUGCCACAAUCGUUGCAACACAGGACGGCGCCCUGUGGGGCCUGGAUCGAGCCACAUUUCACAGGCUGAUUGUUAAAAAUAAUGCGAAGAUGAGGAGGAUGUAUGAGGCCUUCAUCGAGUGUGUUCCACUUCUGAAGUCUCUGGAGCUCUCUGAGAGAAUGAAGAUUGUGGAUGUUUUGGGAGCCCGAGCGUUCAAAGACGGAGAGUGCAUAAUUACACAGGGGGAGGAGGCCGACUGUUUCUACAUUGUGGAAUUGGGAGAGGUGAAGAUAAUGAUAAAAAGCAAAGUAAGUAGUACGAAGGCCGGCCAGCAGGAUAACACAGAGGUUGAAGUGGCUCGUUGCUCCAGAGGGCAGUAUUUUGGAGAGCUGGCGCUGGUCACCAACAAACCUCGUGCAGCAUCAGUUUAUGCUGUGGGAGAAACCAAAUGUUUAGUAAUUGACAUCCAGGCUUUUGAGCGUUUGCUGGGACCCUGUAUGGACAUCAUGAAGAGGAACAUUUCCCAGUAUGAAGACCAGCUGGUGGCACUGUUUGGCUCCAGUCUGGAUUUAAAACACUAGGGCCUAUAAUUUCAAAAUAAAGUAAUACAUAAGCCAAACAUAGUGAUAGUGCAUGUAACGCAUGAUUACCUUCCCCUUGAAUAUUCAGUCUUGUUAUGUUCCUUGUAACGAGUUAUGAAUGUUUAGGUUGUGAAUAGGAUAAAUACUGUAUGUUUCUUGUGUGAUAAUUACCCGGAGUAAAUCUAGACUGCAGAAAAGUCUGUGCUUAAAUAUACCUCAUUGGAUAAGUCAGUUUACAGCCGGUGAGCUUCAGUUAAUCUGCUGACAGUACAGUACCGAGCGGACCAUCAUACUGAACCUACCGAGUACCCACUACUCAUGCUCAAACCCCAUUGGCUCACAGAACUGGAGCCUCAGGAGGGAGGGGUUUUUGAGGUUCUCCUGACUUUCCUGAGUUGGAAAUCCUACUUAAGACUACACUAUAAACUCUUUAGGGAAGUGUUUACUGAGGCAAUAAAUCAAGUGGGAAAUAGGGCCAUCUUGUCAUUGACUCCAGUGCAAUCAGCUUUCUUUUUGCAACCAGUGGAGUCGCCCCCUGCUGGCCAUAAGAAAGAAUGCAGGAUUAAGGCACUUCCACAUUGGCUUCAUUUUAAAACCUGGAGGUUCCCACUUUAUCGACCACAAGUCCAUGACCGACUCCUUUUAUACAGCUACUGAUUUAUCAUUUCAUGUGUUGUUCCUUGUCUACUGUAUAUAGGUGUGAUCUUUUGACAUGUGACAGUAGGAAAAGCACAGGUAUAAAUAAUAAAGUUAACGAUGGCUGAAUUUUUUUAGCUGCUUCAGUUUCAGUGUCCUGGUAUUGUGCAUACUGUCUCACGGUCAUGGCUCACUGGGCCACUUAAACAGAACAGAGCCGUCAUUCAUACUGUGAUGUGCUUUUCUUACUAUGACAAAAUAAAAUGGCCGCUUUUCUGAAUUAUCACAAUCAUUAAGUGACAGUUUUUCCAUCCGAAGAGUAGGCCUACUCCACCGAUUUAGCAUUGUACUACUGUUACACUGUCAGACUCAUAAAACCGGUUUAAAAAAAUACACAUCACAAUUGUUGCAGCAAAACCAGAGAUUGGGGCUGCGAUUCAUUAGUCAUUCAAACAAGCUCCCCAAGCGUUAUUAGUGUCGCUCCAUUUGUCUGAAAAACUGAAGUGAACUUGGUGAGAUCGACUUUCGGAGGUCACAUCACCCACAAUGCUUUGCAGUUAUGCAUUUAGUGCAAGCAAAUAUAUCCAUGUUCAGGUGGUAGUAAUGUAGUAGGCUCCAUAUAACUCCAGUUGCCUAGUUACCAGAAAAAUCUCAUUGAUGGCUGGAUAUUUCACAGAAAAAUGUCAUAACUAACUGCACUUGAAUUGUUGCGCUGUUCAGCUUGUGAGUCCUUUAUUGCCAACAUCAUCUGUUAACCCAUAGAAUAGUUGCUGUUUUGGAAGAUAUUAACUUGUUGCAACAAUAUUUAUGAUAAUCAUAAUACAAAUCACAGACAGACAUUUCUGAUGCAACUAAUUACAAAGUGUCGAUGUAUUGCAAUUAUUAUUUUGAUUUCCAAUGAUUUGUGAAAAGCAGUACAGCACUAAGCCUACAACUGGCGGUCGACCCAUGAGAGUUUGGACUGAAAGUGUACAAGGACAUGCGCUUCCCAUUUAAAUGCGCCGUUCACUUCCCUUCUGCUGCGACGUAUGCCAUUUUGUAAUACCAAGGGCUGAGGAACUACUAAUGAAACACAGCUGUUUUCUUUUAAUUGCAUGCAUUCUUCUUCUUUGUCAAACCUUGCUGCCUACAUUCCCCACAGUGCAACUCGACAGCUGAUAGCUCAGUUGGAGAAAUAGAUGUGGUAUGCUAAUAGUGGAUGAGAAGCAGGCUACAUAAGUCUGGAAACAUUACCUUUUUAAAGAUUUUUUUGUUCAUUUUCUAACUUGUGCUCUUUCCACCCAACAGUUAUCACACUUCUUGUAGGUCCCCCUAAAGCCACAAGAAGCUGUAUACAAUUUAUAUAUGUUAAUUUAUAUAUGCAGUUGUAACUCCCAAACUUAAAGCAGUCGUUUUUUUUAGAGUUUGCUGAAAUGCUAGAAUUGCAUCAAGGUGUCAUAAGUUUUAGUCCAAAUUCAAACACAAACUGAACAGGCAGACUUUUUACAGUUGCUUUCAUAAAAGGUACAAUGGUAGUACAGCUGAGGUCUCUUUAGUUUGCAAAUUAUAUGUAAAUGAUUUAUAACCGGCAUGCACACAAUGUUAAUUUGCUGUUUUUGUGCUGCUCAAUCACCACGUGAUUACUGAAUAAUGCAAAGUGCUGUACCAUUUUCCAAAUUUUUCCAAAAAAGGCAAAUAUUAUAUAAUAAGCAAAUGUUAACACCCCUGUCUGUUGUAUGGUAUGAAACUCAAGUAACCUUGUUUUUAAUAAAUGGCAUGUCUUCAGUGUUAAAGUGAGUGAAAAUUCUUGGCAAAUAACACCUUAAAUGGCAAA